UAACUCUCAUCACUCAUCAGUUCUCCACUCCCUCACUGCCUCAGAGACUUUGAAUCAAACCUUCACCGCCAUUCCCUCCUCUCUCUCUCAGUGGGUUAAUAUCUUUAUUAGUGCCGAGUUUUAAGUGCCAAACUCUGAAAAAGUAAGUUCCCAGAUCACCGACGAGGAGACAGCCGCCUCCAGCCAGCGUCCUUUCUACGUACACACUCCGACUGUCGCUGGACCUGCGGCAACUGUGAUCAUUAGGAGAGUUGACCCGAUCCGAGAAAUGGUAGUCCUGCCAGACGCCAUCCUCGGAGACCCCAAAGGUGUUCCCAUACGGCAGACCAUUUUUAUGGACACCCCAGCUCCUUUCAACUGCCCUCACUGUGGCUCGGUUGAUCUCACUCGUGUCAAUAUCACGAGCAGCUUUAUUAACAUUGGAGAGAGGGGAUGCGGUGGACUUGAAACCAUCUUCACAUUCUUGAACCAAGAAGCAGCAUCCGUUGUGGCUUCCUCUGCAAAUUUUGGAUUACCUUUGGUUAAUGCCUCAACAGCUUCAGUGAUAUCAAACUUGAGUAUGAAAUUGUAUUUCUUCAAGCACUCGUUCAAGGCCACUUUCAAUUCUGGUCUGCUCUUCAAGAGUUGGUUGAUUGUUGAGAGUGCGGAAUUGGACUUGGAUUUGAGUGAGUCAACCACGAUGAGGGCUAGCGAUGUGACAUCUCUAGCUCUCGAGCUUUUUGGGUCAGCUCUGAUAAUUGCGACACAUCUUCGGGAAUUAGGGAUUUGUUUGCACGUGUCGUCUACUAAAUCCGCUGAACAAUUGGGAACAAAAAUGGUGGAAACUGCCAGAAUUGCUAUUACUAGGACGGCAAUGGAAUGAGGUGCCAUUUUUGUGUUUUUGGCUUGUUUGGUGGUGAAGCACAAAAAAUAAAAGGGAACAAAUUAGAAGAUGUCGUCAAACAAUACUAAAAGGGAUGGAUGAUUUUUUAUUUGCGUUUCUCUAAUUUACAACAUCAUAUUAUACUAGUGAUGUCUGGUCGCGCAAUACACGUCCCUAACCCAAUAUAUCUAUAGAUCUUAGAAAUGCUUGUAUCUGGAAAAAAAUA